AUGGGCGUAUCAUUGAAUGAGGCUAAGACAGGAACUGUGCGGGUGCAGCGAGAGCGAGAAGGACUGAAGCCUACCGAUCCAUCACUACCCGUUGGAGACAUUAGAUGGGGUUUUCUAAAGCUUGAUUCAAGUACCGGACGCUUUAUCAUCGACCAAGAAAUGGUGGAUAAGCACAUCGACGACCUGAGAACCCAGCUGGAAGACAAGAAAACAAGCGUAUUUUCUUGGAUACAGGCCUGGAACACCUAUGCCGGGACAUUCUUCAAGAGCAAUUUUGGGAAGCCUGCCAACUGCUUCGGACGAGAGCAUGUUGAUAUGAUGCUUUCAGCUAUGAAUCGAAUCCAGACCCGUAUAUUCUCUGACAGCAAUGUGGUCGACUUCUUAAAGAAAACCCUCGAGAAGCGCUUCGGAAUUUCAGAUAUCCCUGACGGGUAUCUCUACUUCCCCACUGGCCUCGGUGGACUUGAACUUCAGAACCCAUUUAUCGGAAUCCUCCAAGUCCGCGAUGCAGUCUUUGAACAGCCAGCUAGCACUAUCGAUGAAUUUAUAGAAGCAGAAGUGGAUGCCUACCGCUGCGCGAAAAUUGACUUCGAUAAAGGGAUGAUCGAUCAUGAUGACACCAACGACCCAGACUUUGUCCCUAAUGAUCCAGACACUUUUAUGUCAUUUGAAGAAUUCGCUCGAUUCCGGGAGGAGUUUGAGUGCGACUAUGAAGGUAAUUUGGCUGGUGUCUUUUUGGAGCUCCUUGAGCAGCCCGGACCGGAGUUAUUAGAUGUAAAUCCGAAUGAUGUGACGACUCUGAGCACCUCCCAGAGCUUUGAAAAUAUGGAUGCUGGUUAUAUGCGAUGGGUUGCUCAACUUUAUGGUCCUGAUAUGACGGAUAGAUUUGGUGGUCUUAAUAUCGUGGAUGCCGGACUGCUGCCUAUUGGCAUGCCUUAG